AUGAGGCUCUUCCAGGUUGUUAACUCCAGCAACGACGCGAACGUCUUUCAAAACGUGGACAAGGAAACCUACAAGGACAUGCGCCGGGGCAUCAUCGCGGCCAUCCUCCACACCGACAUGGUCAAGCACAACGAGAUGAUCAAGGAGCUGUCCUUGCUCUACCAGAUGAAUUCCGAUGCCUUGGAUGCCCUCAAAGCGGACACAGUGGUCCUGAGCUCAGCAAGCACCACGCAAACCAUCAUGAAUGCCCUCCUGCACUGCGCGGACAUCGGCAACCCCAUGAAGCCGUGGGACAUCUGCUACCAGCUGGCACACCUCUGCUUAGAUGAGUUUUUCGCCCAG